CAGACACCAUCUGUCAUUUUCUUGAACACAAACAAAACCAGAGCAAUAUCCAUGGAGAAUGAGAUCGUACCCCAACACCACCAACAAUUACAACUACAAAAACCUUCCUCAUCAAAUGUAAUAGAAACCACCACCACCACCACCACCACUCCUCACCAACCACCACCACCACCACCACGCCGCCGUCAAGGCGGACAUGAUGAUGAUAUACCCGUCAACAAGCGUAUCCGAAUACCCCCUAUCUGUGUCCCAGCAAUGUUACACCUCAAACAAGAACUGGGCCAUCGUUCUGAGUCUGAAACUCUCCAUUGGCUCCUUCAUCAGGUUCGGCCUGAACUGGCUCCUCCUCCGAUGACGACGAUGACGAAGACGACGAGGACCACUAAAGUGACUAAAGUACAAUCAAAUACUGCACAUGCAAAUCUACUAAGCUGUACCGUUGUGAAAGAAUCUGAAUCUGUUGGUGAACAUGUUUGCAUGCAGUGUUUGAUUAAUCAUGAUAGCUCUCUGUCUCAUCGUCGUCAUCUUCCUUUUGCUAGCUCCGCUCCUCCGGUUGUGAUGAAGCAGUUUGUCCGGGCUACUGUUGUUCAGGCCUCUACUGUGUUUUUUGAUACUCCGGCCACUCUGGAUAAAGCGGAGCGAUUGAUUGCCGUAGCAGCAGCAUACGGGUCGAAAUUGGUGGUGUUUCCAGAAGCUUUUCUUGGCGGUUACCCGAGAUGCAUGAAGCUUGAUGCUCAGACAACUGAUGAUAACUUGCAUAAGUAUUAUGCUUCAGCUAUUGUCCUGCCUGGUCCUGAAGUUGAUAGACUUGCUAUAAUUGCUGGCCGAUAUAAAGUUCACUUAGUAAUUGGAGUUGUGGAGAGAGAUGGAUUGUAUCUAUUUAGUACAAUUCUAUUUUUCAAUUCCGAUGGACAGUACCUUGGAAAGAAUCGCAAACUGAUUCUAAUGCCAUCGGAAAUUGCAUUAUGGUAUUCAGGAGAUAAAUUGUCACCGCCUGUAUACGAAACCUCUAUAGGAAAAAUUGGUGGCCUUGUCUGUGGGGACAAUAAGUUGCCACUUCUAAGAACUGAACUAUAUGCUAAAGGUGUUGAUAUAUAUUGUGCACCUUCCGCUGAUGCACGCGACAUAUGGAAAGCCUCGAUGAUUCAUAUUGCGGUAGAAGGUAGCUGCUUUGUUCUUUCUGCAAAUCAGUUCUGUCAAAGGCGGGACUAUCCUGUUCCACCUAGAGAUUCAAAUAAUGUUGAUGCAAUAACAUGUGGCGGUGGUAGUGUGAUUGUGUCUCCAUCUGGAACCGUCUUAGCAGGACCUAAUUACCAGGACGAAUGUCUUAUCUCAGCUGAUCUCGACCUUGUAGAGAUUGCUCGCGCAAAGACGGACUUUGGCAUGGUAGGGAACGAGCUCAAGCCGAACAAUGACGUUGAAUGUGCUGCAAGUGAACCCAAUCUGAUUUUGUUUGGCACAGACAUGAAAGCAGAAGAAACCAGCCAGUUUUUGUGGUAACUUGAUUUUGAAAAAUAUGUUAGGUGUAGUAUUAACUCAUCCUAUAGUACUUGUUUAUAUUUUGCUUCGUACUAUUGUAAAGUUUUCAUGUGUAGAAAGCUCGGGUUAGGGGUCUUGUUAAAAUAUAAGUAGCUUCAUAGUAACUGCAUGAACCGGGUUAGGGGUCUUGUUAAAAUAUAAGUAAAUUCAUAGUAACUGCAUGAACGCAAUGUACAGUUUGCCUCUCGUGGCGAUUUUGAUGCGCUGAACAUGCUAGUUUUGGAUGUAAGUUUGUAUGCUGAAAUUUUAUUCCAGGGCAACACUAUUGUUGUCACCUUUUGGUUUUUA